AUGAGCUUCUCGGGCGAGCAUCCAGGCAACGCCAACAACGAGGGGCCGCCGCCGCCGCCGCCGCCGCCGCCGCCGCCGUCGCACUCGUCCGCGCCGCCGUCGUCGCAGGGCGGCAGCGCCAGGGCUGCCCCGCUCAACGGAGCGUUUCAUAGUCAUCAGCCACAUUCGCAGGGCUACGCACGCGCGGAGGGCAGCAACGGGUACCGGCAGCCGUACGGGCGCGGCGGCUACCGCGGCAGCGGCGGACGCUACUACGGGGGCUACGGCUACGGCCACGGCGGCGGGGGCUACGGCUACGGCCACGGCGGCGGAGGCAACUACGGCCACGGCCACCACGGCUACUACGGCUACCAGGGCGAGUACCGCGGCCACAGCGGCUACCAGCGCUUCAACAGCCCCGCGCCCGUGGGCACGCGCUACAGCGGUGCCGCCGGGCCCGCCGCGCGGCCGCCGCCGCCGCCGGAGCCCGAGCCCGAGCAGCCCUUCGAGCUGACCGACGACCCGCUGUUCCACCUGACCGAGCUCGACCGCUCCACCGACGACCCCCGGCAGCUGGACGAGAUGCGCCGCAUCUUCAAGGACAGCGUGCAGCUUGAUCAAAAGCUGGAGCAGCAGAAGCUCGCCAUGUGGCGCACCGAGCUCGAGCUCAGCCUCCUGGACACCCAGUCCGCGAAAGAUGCGUUGAACGUGCAGCUGAACCAGGAGAACCUCGACGCCCUGCUCAUGCAGGGGUGA